AUGGAGGCCAAAGACAUUCUGGCGAAUAUCGCCUUUACCACGUCGGGUGCGCUCGUUGACUGUGUGGACAAAAAAGUGAUCGUUAUCCUGCGCGAUGGCCGCAAGCUGAUCGGCAUCCUGCGGUCGUACGACCAGUUUGCCAAUCUCCUCCUGCACGAGACGAUCGAGCGUGUGUACUUGGGAAACAGGUACGGCGAUAUCCCCAAGGGUCUGUACAUUAUCCGUGGCGAGAACGUCGUGCUCCUCGGCGAGCUCGACCUCGAAAAGGAAGACGAGGUGCCCGCGUCGGUCGCCUCUGCCAUACCCCCCGCGGCUGUGCCGAAACUGCUGGAAGCGUGCGCCGUGGAGAGCGACGCGAAGGAAAAGUGGGAGAAGCAGCGCGCCGCGAUCCUCCGGCGAGAGUGCGGCUUCUCUGGCGAAGGUGCCGAAGGCGAUAGCUACUAA